GUUAGCGGAGAGCAAUUGACAAGAAAAAGACUGGAAAUCGAUAAAUCGAUUUUUCAGUUGGCCUUCGAUCCAGACGAGAAGUGGAGUAACCUAUAUCGUGAACGUGAAAAGAAUCACCUUUAUAAAUGGGUUGGCGUAAGAAAAGGUGGAGAACUCAUAAGUAUCUAUGAAAGAGAUGGUGAAGAUGGUGUACUGAAGUUUGCCGACGAAAAAAUGACAUCGAUGUUGUACAGUGAAGGACGUGAACCGCAGCUGAUUAAAGUCCAGGACUAUGUGAAAUGGAAGAAGGGAGUGAGCGUGCAACUUGGCCUCAACGAUGUAAACGGCUUGGACAUGCAGGAGACCAAGUUCAAAGAACACUAUGCUCUAUGGAAAUUGAAUAAACGAGGUGUCGAUGGCGAAAAUAUUAUUCAUUUGCUUCUUAACCGUGAGGAGCAGGUAUGUUAUGAGAUUGCCCGUAUUCUGCUCAAACGCUAUCCGGGCCUAGCCAAUGACAUCUACAUGGGUGAUGAGAUGUUUGGUCAAUCGGCUUUGCAUUUGGCAAUCGUCCACGACGACUACGAGACGGUUCAACUGCUUCUUAACAACAACGCCGAUGUGAGUGCCCGAGCAUGUGGGAACUUCUUCCUACCCGAAGACUUCAAGGCAACUAACAAAGUCACUGACUAUCAAGGUUACGCCUAUUACGGGGAGUAUCCGCUUGCGUUUGCUGCUUGUUUCGCCAACAAGGACAUCUACGAUCUGCUGAUUCAGCAUGGAGCCAAUCCAAACCUGCAGGACUCAUUUGGCAACACCAUACUUCAUAUGUGUGUCAUCAGCUACAGCAGUUCGAUGUACUCAUAUGCUGUACGACAUUGGGCGAAACCAGCCGAUCCACAUGUGGUCAAUUACGCAGGUCUCACUCCAUUGACUCUGGCCACUAAACUCGGUCGAAAGCAUAUUUUCGAAGAAAUGUUGGAGUUGAUGAAAGUGGAAUUCUGGCGUUUCUCCGAUAUGACCUGUUCGGCAUAUCCCCUCAACACUCUGGACACUAUACAACCAGAUGGAUCAACGAACUACGAUUCUGCUCUGAUGACCGUCAUUAAUGGUAGUACAGCUGAACAUUUGGACAUGAUCGGUAGUGAAGUGAUUCAGCGUUUACUCGCCGACAAAUGGAAAGCAUUUGCAAUGCGGAAGCUAAUCGAACGUCUGGCUUUGCUCAUCAUUCAAUUAAUAACCUUGUCAAUUGUCGUAUACGUCCGACCAACAGAAGUUAAACGUCUGUAUAUGAAUGAACCCGAAUGGGACGACUGGAUUCGUACUAUUUGUGAAAUAUUAACUAUUUUGAAUUGUGUAUUCUUUGUAUUUUUUCAACAAUUGGGAGAGCUUCGUACUCAAGGAAUAACCGGGUAUUUUAGGAACUUGAAAACGGUUCCAGCAAAAGCAGUAUUUUGUGUAGCUAACAUUUGUAUACUAUUGUGUAUACCAUUUCGUAUACUUAAACUUCAUGAACUUGAAGAGGCUCUGUUUGUGUUCGCCUUGCCUGGUUCAUGGAUAUUUUUACUGUUUUUCGCUAGAAGUGCCAAACUUACCGGUCCGUUUGUGCAAAUGAUCUACAGUAUGAUUGCUGGUGACAUGAUGCGGUUCGCUAUCAUUUCAGCCAUCUUUCUCAUAUCAUUCUCUCAAGUUUUCUAUUUUGUCGGUAAAGACAUGGACGCUAAACAACAGCUCAACUCUUCGAAUCCAUAUCACUGUCCGGUCGAUGGCUACGAUAUUUACACUUAUGAUAACUUUAUCGAAACGUUCAUCACGUUGUUCAGAGCCAGCAUGGGAGGAUACGAUUAUGAAGAGUUUGCAUGCGCCAACUACGAGGUGCUGACAAAGACGUUAUUUGUGUUGUAUAUGUUUGUAAUGCCAAUUAUGAUGAUCAACAUUCUUAUCGCUAUGAUGGGUAACACCUAUACUACUGUAAUCGCACAAGCCGAAAAAGCUUGGCGACAACAGUACGCUCAAAUCGUGAUGGUCCUGGAACGAUCGGUGGGUCGUGAAAAGUUGGCUGCAAGCCAAUUGGAAUACAGUAUAAAAUUGAACGACACGACUGACGCAGCGUUAGAAGUACGUGGUUUGAUGGUUAUCAAACAGACAAAGAAAACUCGAGCGAAACAACGUAAGCAGGCGAUCCAUCAUUGGAAGCACAUCGGUCGAAAGGUCAUCCACACGAUUGCCAAAGUUGGAAAAGACCAUGCUAUACAUCUACUUCAUGGUCACGAUCGAGUUGAUCCGAUCAUCGAAGACGAAAAGGUUUCUGAAGAUCCUGUUAGUCAUAUGCAUCUGUCAGCUCCAUCAAGUGUUCAAGAGCAACGAGUAAUGCGAGUUCGUGGUGUGGAUAUGGCCCCAUCUGGUGAUCUGCCGAAUAUACCGACACGGACACCACCUACUCGAGCUGUAAGCCCGAAGAUUCGCCACGAUAUGUUCCGACGAAAGGAAAGCCCGGGCAGUGGCGGAAGCGGAGGCAGUAAAUAA